CACCUUGAUAGAGCAAUCGAAAGACAACCUAAACAAACACACAACACAGAAACACAAGCUAAACAAACACACUACACAGAGUCUAUACUGAUUAAUCAAGAAUGGAAGCAGUUCUUUUCAUCACAAUCACUCUCCUGCUACUUGUGCUCUUGAAGUACACAAGUUACAAAAGGAAGAAGUCGAAUAGAAGCCCACCAGGUCCCCGAGGCCUCCCGUUGAUCGGAAACAUGCACCAGUUCGACAGCUCAAACACUCACCUCUACUUCUACCAGCUUUCCCUUCAGUACGGCCCUCUGGUUUCCUUGCAGCUCGGCUCAGUCCGGACUCUCGUCGUCUCGUCCGCAAGCAUUGCCAAAGAGGUUUUCAAGAACCAUGAUCUCUGUUUUUCAAGUAGGCCGGCUUUAGUUGGCACGCAGAAGCUUUCGUACAAAGGCCUAGACCUUGCCUUCUCUCCGUACAGCGACUACUGGAGGAACAUGAGGAAAUUAUGUACUAAUCAUCUCUUUAGUGUCAAGAGGUCUCAGUCAUUUUAUCCCAUUCGUGAAGACGAAGUUUCAAGAAUGGUGAAAACGAUACGUAAGAGAGCUGCGGCUUCUGCUGAUUUCAACGUGGUCAAUAUGACUAAAACUGUCAUGACUGUGGCGAGCUCGAUCAUCUUUAGAACUGCUUUCGGGAAAAGGUAUAAUGAUGACGAUGAAGAUGAUGUAGGAUAUGAUAAUAAAAUGAGCCGUCAAAUUCAUUGGCUGCUCUCGGAGACUCAGGCCAGUUUCGCAAGUUUCUUUCUCAAGGACUAUUUUCCUCUAGUUGGUUGUUUUAUUGAUACUCUUUGUGGCUCGUGGACUCGGUUGGACAAGAGUUUCUAUGGGUUGGAUGCCUUUUAUCAACAACUCAUUGAUGAGCAUCUUCAUGCAUCCACUGUUUCGACCCAGGAGUGCAGCAUGCUGGACAUCUUACUCCAGAUGAAAUCGGAUUCAUCAGAGUUCUCGUUUGAUCACAUCAAAGCAAUAUUAAUGGAUUUUAUAGUUGCGGCAUCAGAUACAAGUGCAGCAGCAGUGGUUUGGGCCAUGACUUUGUUAGUCAAGAACCCGCCGCAAAUGAAGAAAGUUCAACAAGAAGUCAGAGAUAUAACAGGGAAAAAAGGAUUUGUAGAUGAGAACGACACCCAAAACCUUGCUUACCUUAAAGCUGUAGUCAAGGAAGCCAUGAGACUGCACCCACCUGCUCCCCUUCUUGUGCGAGACGCGGCCAAAAAUUGUGUUGUAAGCGGGAUUGAGAUUGAAGCUAACACACGUGUAUACGUGAACACAUAUACCAUAGGAAGGGAUCCUGAAUUCUGGGAGAAUCCAGAAGUAUUUUUACCCGAAAGAUUUAUGAAUAGUAGCAUUGAUAUUAAGGGACAUGAUUACGAGCUGUUACCUUUUGGAGCAGGCCGAAGAAUGUGCCCGGGGAUGUCAAUGGGGAUGGCUAUGACGGAGCUUGUGCUGGCUAAUCUUCUCUACUCGUUUAACUGGGAAGUUCCGCCUGGUGAGAAAACGGCAGACAUUGAUAUGGCUACCUUGCCUGGUUUAACAGCGCACAAGAAGAAUCAUCUCUGCCUAGUACCGAGAAUUGGUUAUUGAGUAUCACAUGCAUGCAUCAGUAUGUACUAUUGUACUGCUCACUGAUGGAUCUUAGAAGAAAAGCAGUUGAUUUCGUAUUACAGGGUAUUGAUAAUGUCUAGAUCUGAACUUACGUUUUCUGUAUGACCUUUGAUGUCAUUGAUUACAAGCAAAUCAUAAAUCAUUAAUGUUUUUGAUAGGGC